CUUGGCUUUCUGCUUUUUCUUCCCUCCGCCCCGUCCACUCCUUCACCCACACACCCACCCAGCGAGUCCGACAUGCUCGCUCGCUCGACUACUCUCUUUUUCUUGGGGCUCACGACGCUCGCGGCCGCCGGGCCGACGACGGAAGCGGAGGCAUCUGCUCUUCUCGGUGAAGCCGAAUGCCAGCCAUAUGGCUACCAGCCGGUCACGAACGCCAUCCUUGCGAAGCAGUUCCCGCCAAUAUGGGUGCCCGUGCCAAGUUUACAGAAUGACACGGAUGCCUUAGCAAAGUUCCGUUCUAUCGAAGCCAAUAUUCCCAAGAUUGCGCCGAAAGGCGAGAAUGGUGUUCCAAGCAACACCACAGUGUAUGAUCGCGCUGCUGACCCCGAUUGUUGGUGGACGCAGGCUCAAUGUGUCCAGCCCAAGGCUGCGGGUGUAAAACCUGACAUCUUCAAUGUCCCUGAGCCACGGACACUGGGCUACGGUUUCGAUGAUGGCCCGUACUGUGGACAUAACGCGUUCUACAACUAUUUGUCCCAGAAAAACCAGAAAGCUACAAUGUUCUUCGUUGGCUCCAACGUUCUUAACAACCCUCUCCAAGCCCAGCGUGCCGUAGCCGAUGGGCACGAAAUAUGCGUCCACUCUUGGUCGCAUGCAUUCAUGACCGCUUUCAACAACGAGCAGGCCUAUGGCGAGCUCUACUUUACUAUGAAGGCCAUUAAACUCGUCACUGGCUAUACCCCCAAAUGCUGGCGGCCUCCCCGUGGGGAUGUCGACGAUCGCAUUCGGUUCAUUGCCCAGUCGCUCGGACUCGACAACGUUAUGUGGAAGUACGACUCGUUUGACUGGGAGAAGGGUCUGAAUGGUGUCACGGAGGACACUGUUCGGAGCAACUACGAGAAGCUCAUCAGCGACGCAAGCACUGGCGUGCUGAAUACUGCCGGCGCCAUCAUUCUUGCCCACGAGCUUAGCAACUACACAAUGCAAGUUGCGGUGGAUUACUAUCCCAAACUCGCUGCAGCCUUUGAUCACAUUGUCCCAAUUGCCGUUGCCUUCAACAAGACGCAGCCAUAUGCGGAGACGGAUCUGACCAUGCCUGAUUUCAAGCAAUACAUUGCUCAACGCCCAGCAUCCUCUUCGAACAGCUCUUCUUCCAACAAUAGCAAUGGCAAAGGCGAUGGCAAGAACGAUUCCUCAAACAGUACGAACGGCAAAACUAGCGUGUCAGGAGCUAGUGCAGCCAUUGUCGUACGACCAUUAUCGACAGGGGGAAUUCUCUUAGCGACUCUUGCAGUCGCUAUCGCGAUGCUCUAG